GUCAUCACCCUCCUCUUCGUCUCUAUACCGAGGCGGAGCGUAGAUGUUCUUUUUAGACCUGCUCAUCGAGGAAAAGUAAGGUCGCCGGUUGUUCUCUGAAGCCAUGAAUGAAGACUCUGCGGGAGCGGGGGGCUGUUGCUCUAGCUCAAAGUUGCUAUCCUCCAAGCUGUCCUGGAGGUCCGGUGGUGGCAAGUCUGAGUCAUUAUCCAGGGCCAGCAUACCGGCUCGCUCUUCGAGAUCAUCAUCGUCAUCCGAGUUGUCAGUUGCGUCAUGCUGGCGGAGGGUCUCGUAUAUGCUUGCAGAGUUCUGGUUGAAUAUUUGAGAUAGAAUCCUGCUCGUCAUUCUAUAGUCUCCCAAGGGCAGUGUACAGGUGGAGUGGCGCUGGGUGAGGUUAUCUAGGCUUGUUCGGAUGUAGGAAUCGAAGUGGUGGAGGUGAGUAUGGAGGGAAUGAAGCUAGAGCAGUGGUGUUUAUGCUCCAGUGGGAUAAAACAAGUACUGUACCGAGCUAUAUUUUCCCCUCUGACCCAGAACGGUGAUUCGGGGAAGGAAUGAUCACAGGGAAAACUUGUGCGAAUAGUAUAUAAGAAGGAGACAGGAGUCACGUUUACAGCAGCAGCUGUUCGUCUUAAAGAGUCGAUGAGUUGGGGAGUUGCUCGGGUUGAAGCUAUCCAACUCCCUCUGUUCCCCACCACGGUAUCUGCCUGACGUUUCACCCAGGGUGUCGCGUGGAGGCUCCACCUUGGUCACAGGGGAGGGUAACCAGCAGGAAAUAUGAGGCUCAACGGCUUUUCGGGUCAAGUUAGACUACCGGUAUUCUCGACACACAGUGCCCCUCGUCUCCCCUCCACCACAUCGCCCCGUCCCCCCUCUCGGCGACCAAACAACCAUGGACUCGCUAUCACAGCAGCGAUUGUCAGCAAUUCUCUCGGCUUCAUACUCAGAUUCAGAGAUACGCAAUGCCUUGCAAGUCCUCGAUUCCCGCUUCACCGAAAACUCCCCCGACUCUCGACGGCAGCUCCGGGUAGAUGUCCAAGCCGAGGUAAUCCGGAGUAAUGCGCAUAUCGUUCGGGAGUUCUCCAAAAUCUCCGAGGUACUGUAGUAACACAAGCCUUGAGCUUCCUUUUUUUGGUGUGUGUGGGGGGGAGGGGAACAUUGUGUUUUGGGAAAGGAAGGCUGAGAAAUCAUGUAUAUAGCAAUUGAAGCUUGUGGGCCACACGUUGAACGCAAUGAACAACGUAGUGUCUUCCCUGAAAACACAUGUUACCGCUGCCGGCUCAGAGACGGCUCCUAUACUCGAGGAGUCGUCCCAGUUGCUUACUCAAAAGAAGAAGGCCGAAACCAAGGAAGCUCUACUCAAAGCUUUCACCGAGCACUUUCUCGUCUCGGAGAAAGAUGUGGUCAUCCUGACAAGCUCUGCAGAGCCUGUCGAUGACCGGUUCUUUAGAAUUUUAAACAGGGUCAAGAAGAUACACGGAGAUUGCGAAGUUCUGCUCGCCAGUGAGAACCAGAGAGCUGGGUACGUUCUCUUCAGGGUUAGGGGAACAUAGGGCUGACCAUACGGAAAACAGCAUAGAGAUAAUGGAUCGAAUGACCGGUCAUCUGCAAGGAGCUUUCCAGAAGCUAUAUCGAUGGAUACAGCGGGAAUUGAAACAUCUUUCCCUCGAGAAUCCGCAGAUUAAUGCGGGGAUAAGGAGGGCGUUAAGGGUUCUGGCAGAGAGGCCUACUCUAUUUCAGUAUGCCUUUUCUCUGCACUCUGAAUUACCAAUGCUAACACGCUUCAAGGAAUUGUUUAGACUUCUUCGCUGAAGCCCGGCAAAAGAUCCUACUGGAUUCCUUUUAUACAGCCCUCACCGGCGCUGCCCCAAGCACUGCCACUCCAUCCUACAUAGACCCAACAACAAAGCCUAUAGAGCUUUACGCCCAUGACCCCUUGAGAUAUAUUGGUGAUAUGCUUGCAUGGCUUCACUCCGCUGCGGUUGGAGAGCAAGAGGCUUUGGAGGUACUCUUCAUCUCGCAAGAAGGAGAAGGUCAAAACAGCAUAUUAGGUGGGAUCGAGGAGGGUUUAAAGAGUGAGCCAUGGCUUGGGGAGGGUGACGGAGAAGAGGAGGCAACGCGUGGAGUGUGGGAUGCUAGGAAAGGACUCAUGAUGUUGGUUGACAAGGACCUACAGGCCGUGUGCAAGCCAUUGAAAGUAAUAAUUAACUCCCACGCAUCAUAUACGCAAGGACACCACUGACCAACACUAAAAAUAGUCAAGAAUAGAACAAGUUAUCGCUAGUCAUGAAGAGAGCACCUUGGUCUAUAAAAUCUCUAAUCUAAUAAACUUCUAUCGCCUAACCUUUGAAAAAUUACUCGGCCAGGAAUCAUUCCUGCUAGAGACCAUGAAGACGUACAAGUCCACCUCGACAAUACCGAUAUAGCAACCCGAGUUAACAAUCGACUAGGACCGAACAAGCCGCCCUCCGCCAAUUCCACAGCUCUCUCCAGGAACACGUCCGUGCCGUUCAAUCCGAACUCCCCCAAGCACCCGAUGAACUGACACCGCCACCCUUCCUCCACGAAGCUCUUAACGAGCUAAAACAGCUAAUGAUCUCCUGCGACACCUCCUUAAUCCCCGGUUCGGAGCGCGAAGGCGGCUUCUCCAAGAUCCUGGAAGAAGCACUAGACCCGUACCUAGAUGGGUGCCACAACCUCAGCCAGGACCUGGAAGAGGUUGACAAGAACAUAUUCGUCAUAAACUGCCAACUCGCGGCGAAAGCGACGCUGGAGCAAUUCGGCUUCACCGCAGAUAGAAUCUCCAAACUAGACGCUGAGGUGGGGAAACAGAUGGGAUUGCUAACGGAGUUCCAGCACAACUUUUUCGUGCACACCAGCGGAUUACAUCCUUUACUCGUAGCCUUAUCGGACUGGGAUCCGACGGUUGGUCCCAAUCCUCUCCCUCUUGCACCCAGACCACUAACACAGCAAAGGAAACCCCCCUAACACAGCUCCCCCCCUUCUCCCCGCACGCCCUCUCACUCGUCAGCCAGUCGUUCGACGAGUUCCUCCCGAGCGCGCUUAUGGACGCGACUACCGGGCUAAAGCGUCUCUCCUCGCCAAAGAUAAUCGGAGAAAUCAUGCAGGAAGCCGCAUCCCGCUUCGUCGACGACUUCUGCCGCGUAGAGGAGGUGGUAAUCGAUGCCCUCCUGAACGAGGGAGACGGACAGGGGGAAGGCGGAAUCGAGUUUGCUCGGAGCAUUUGGCCGAGGACUGUGGAUGAGGUUAGGGUUUUAUUGACU